CCCCAUAUUCCAUUCUAACCUGCAGAUACAGAGAUAGUCUCGGUGCAUCGUCUCGCCUAAUCUCUCUCUCUCUCCCUCCCUCUUUACAAGUCUCGCCUUUCGAUUUAGGCGGGCCACAAGAGAACAAUUCUCGCGUUGCAUGCACUGCUAUCACCUACAGGAGACCACCUUCCUUAUAAAAGCCCAAGCCACCUAAACCAACAGAAACCAAGCCACCAACUUCGCUCAAGAGAUCCAUCUCCUCUACUCGAGCAACCGUUGCCAGCUUGACAUCGAUCGAUCAGCAUUAGAAUACACUCCAGAACACAAGGAGAAUGAGCAGCGGUCGGAAGCCCGGGGACUGGGUUUGCAGGUCGUGUCAGUACGUCAACUUCUGCCGGCGGGACUCGUGCCAGCGAUGCGGGGAGCUCAAGCUGGGCGUGGAGAGGGCGGACUACACCAGCGUCAGCGGGAGCUGGGAUGUGAAGCCCGGCGACUGGUACUGCUCCUGCGGCGUCCACAACUACGCCAGCCGUUCCAGCUGCUUCAAGUGCGGUGCAACAAAAGACGACUCUGCUUCCGCGGUGGCGCAGUCUUGGGGUUUCAGAUGCAGUGGCGCUUGGUCGUCGGGCUGGAAAUCCGGAGACUGGAUUUGCACCAGAUUAGGCUGCAACGAGCACAACUAUGCCAGCAGGAUGGAAUGUUUCCGAUGCAAUGCACCGAGGGACUUCGGUUCAGGAUACUAAGCAGAGGAGUAAACCAAGGAAAGUGGAGACUGGACUGAGUGUUGCUGUAUCAUUAUCGUGUAGUUGCGUUGACGUACGAAAUGGAGAAAGGGCGUAUGACACCAUGUAACUUAUAAUAUGCUUAUAAUAUAGACAUGAAAGAAGCUUAUGGCAAUUCCGUCUAUUUAAUAUAUAUCCAUAUGUUAAAAGGAGAUAUGGACCUUUUGGCUUC